ACCAAAGAGAGGCAAGGAAACAGAGCGUAAGAGAGACACCACUGAUUCCUACCGUUGUCUGUUUGAGGCUAAGCAUCUGCUCUUGAAUUCUCUGUUUUAGACUACGCUUUAUAAUUUUUCUGCUGAAUGAUCUAUUUACUUCAAUUCUCUGUUGGGUUAAUAAUAAUGAUAAAUUAAUAAUGUUUUAGAUGAUGAUUCAUGACAAUGUCGGACAGUUCAUUGAGCAGAGUUGUGGGAGGCCCCCGAAAACAUCCAUUCCAAUCAUUGUGGAGGAUUCUCAUGCGAUGGUGUGAUGUACAUGUACCUCAGCCAGUUCAUUGAGCAAAGCGGUGGGAAGCUCCCAAAAUGGUUCAUUGUUGGUUUUGUUUUCUCCGAGGUGUGCUGGACGUCCCUCUGCCUGAUCAAUCUGAGGCCAGAGACCGAGGUCAACAUCCUCAUGCAGCAGGUGGCGGGUGACUAUGGGCUGGAGGUGUCAGUCAGCUUCGACAGGCUGCCGCACACACCAUCCCUGCCGCCAAGGACAAGGAGAAUGUCGACGAGGACGACCUCACACGCCACCUCGCCAAGCUCAAGGCCCGCUGCUAAGAGAAUUUCACUAUUUCAGCUAGAACAGGGUCACAACCAUUGGCGGAGCAGCGAGGCCGAGUUGCCGCCGCUGGAGCCGACCGCCCCGACUGACACAAUCACAUCUUCCUACCAGGGUAAGCUCACCAGUGACGCUGUUUACCUCUCUAGCUAAUUUCAGUCUUGUUUGUGUUAAAAUCAGUAAUAUAGACGCCUUAAAUGGAGCCUUCGCUUGCUCUUUUGAGACCUGCAUUUUUUCCUUGGCUGAAAUCACUGCACUAGAUUCCCUUACUGAAAACCAUUCUGGUCUGAACGCUGCUCCGUCUAAUCUUUAGGGCUUGCGCUCUCAUUAUGAUGACUGAACUUUCUUUAGGCAUAAUUACGGUUAAGAAUAGACUUUCAGUUUGGGUACUUAAUUAUUAUCAUGCACACUCUCUCCAUGUAUCUUGUCUAGAUAGCCUCUUAAUAUCAAUUGGCUGAUUUUGAUCUUAGUUUAACUUUUACUUUCUUCCUGCCGCCCUGCAUGACAGUGGUAGUACAUUCCUAAUAUACUGCACGCCUAGCUGAUACUUCUCCUGCAGCUGAGUUGUGUGAAAAAACAAAGACCAUGAAUUGUUGGCUCCCGAGAACCUGACAUCGUGCUUUGGCAUGUUCAUAGUUUGAAAGAAAAGGAAUCAGCGUUGUAUUUUGGCUCCAACUCUCUGUCAUCCAUGCUUACCUUUCCAUGACAUGUUGGAAAA